AUGGGGGAGGUCAUGGACGCCAACAGGCUGGCGAAGACGAACUACCAGAUCUCCUUCAAGGACAACAAGCCCAACGAGAGGCUGUGCUCUGUGGAGCUCACCGCGGCGGAGCUGGCCAAGUUCAGAAAGGCAGUCAAAGAGGACUGGUACUAUCAGAUGUACUUUGACGACCUGCCAGUCUGGGGGGUCAUUGGCAAGACCGAAAAGGUGCUGCAAAGGCCUGGCACGCGGAACAGGCAGCUGCUGUUCACCCACAUGCACUUCGAGCUCAAGUACAACGGGGAGCACGUUGUGGAGAUAAGUGUGCCACCAGACCGCCAGGACCCCGUGGACAUCUCCAAGGGUGUGCUGAGCAGGCCACACCAGACUUUGCACGUGGACUUCACCUACUCUGUGCACUGGACGCCCACAACCACAAAAUUCGAAAACAGGCUGCAGCGCUACAAGAGGGACGUCGUCAACCCAGUGCACUUGGAGAUCCACUGGUUUUCGAUUGUAAACUCCUGCGUCACCGUCCUGCUGCUCACUGCCUUCAUGGCGACUAUUCUCAUGCGCAUACUCAAGAACGACUUCAGCAAGUACGCGAAGGACGAGGAAGUCGGAGGACUUGAAGAGGACGAAUCUGGAUGGAAGGACAUCCAUGGCGAUGUGUUCCGUUUCCCUCCCCUGGAGAUCCUGUUCUGUGCCUUUGUAGGCACCGGGACGCAGCUUUUCUUCCUGUCGGGGUCUAUCUUUGUGCUGGCUGCCGUGGGCGUCUUCUAUCCCUACAACAGGGGUGCCCUGUUCACGGCCCUGGUCGUGCUGUACGCGCUGACUGCGGGAAUAUCCGGAUAUGUGGGAUGUUCCUACUACAGGCAAAUGGGAGGCCGACAUUGGGUGCCGUGCAUCUUUCUGAUGUGCUUCGUCUUCUGUGGACCACUUUUUAUGGUUUUCUGCUUCCUCAACACUGUGGCUAUUGCAUACAGGUCCACCGCCGCUCUCCCGUUUGGAACCAUCGUUGUCAUCCUUGUAAUAUGGGCUCUGAUAACAAUCCCGCUCACCGUGCUCGGAGGAGUUGUGGGGAAAAACAGCAGAUCUGAGUUUUACGCCCCCGUGCGGACGAACAAGCACCCCAGGGAGAUCCCCGUGCUGCCAUGGUUCCAGUCUGCGCCGGCGCAAAUGGUGAUGGCCGGCUUCCUGCCCUUCUCGGCCAUCUACGUGGAGCUGUACUACGUCUUCACAAGCAUCUGGGGUCACAGGCUGUACAUCAUAUGGAGCAUCCUGUCCAUCGUCUUCGUCAUCCUCAUCAUCGUGACGGCCUUCGUCACCAUGGCCCUCACUUACUUCCAGCUGGCGGCCGAGGACCACCGCUGGUGGUGGCGCUCCUUCCUGCGCGGCGGCUCCACGGGCGCCUUCAUCUACGCCUACUGCUUCUACUACUACGUCUGGCAGUCCCAGAUGUACGGCUUCAUGCAGGCCUCUUUCUUCUUCUGCUACAUGGCCAUCGUGGCCUACGGCUUCUUCCUCAUGUUGGGCGCAGUGGGCUGGCGAGCGUCCCUCAUGUUCGUUCGGCACAUAUACAAAUCCAUCAAGAUAGAGUGA